AAGGACAGUGUGAUGCAAGCGUUAGACCACUGCUUAUGCAUUUUCUCAUGCUGUACCUCCAUUCCAACCUCUUGCUAUCCUACUCUGCCCCAUCAGGUGAUGGUCGGCAGCGUGUCCAAUCCCUUCUUCUCCAUCUAAAGCCAAAAUCAGUAAGGCGCUCCACGACCAAGGUACUCCUACCCACCUCCUUCGCCUGUUCACCAGCAUCGGGUUCAGCCUUCUUAGCCUCAGGAGGGAUCUCUUCCGAAGGGACAGUCUGAGAGUCUAUAGGAUAUCAGCUUUCGCCGGAUCCCGCGGAAUCGUACCUUUGGGAUCUUGAGCAGAAGACAUGUUUGGUGAUUGGUUUGCUGGCAAGCGUCGGGCAGGGAUCGUGCUGAUACUUCUCUUGGCGAUAGUCCUCAAACUGUUCAUGUGAAGCUAAUGUCGAGGAUGGGUUGAGAGUAGUGAGUGUGAAGUAGAGGAAGAAAGA